AUUUAUUACUCUCUUAGUUUAUUGUGAUCCUCCUUGCAUACAUGGAGCAUGUGUGGAUAACAACACAUGUUUUUGUUCGGAAGGCUAUGAAGGAGUUAUGUGUAACAAUACUAUUCUACAAGACUGUGAAGAGGAUUUCUGUCUUAAUGGUGCUACCUGUCAAAUAGUAGCUGGAGCUUAUUUGUGUAUAUGUUCUGAUGGUUUCACUGGACCCAAUUGUGGUACAGAAAUUGUGGUAAGCAGUCCUAUUCCAACCACUUCAACAACUCCGCCAGGGAGUAAUAAAGCAUCAUCAGUUAAUACCUGGAUCAUUAUCAUUAUAGCACUAGUUGUCAUUCUCAUGGCAAUUGUGGCUGUUAUAACUGUAUCUGUUUGUCUGUGCUUCGUUAAAAGACGUAAAGUUAAGAGUUACACCAAGAAUGAAUAUGAGGCUGAAAUGAUUGAGAAGCUUGAAAUGAAAUAAAAAACUAUAUAUUUACAAAUACAUUUUUAUUGUUAUUGUACUUGCUAUUAGUGUUGUUUUUAGUCUUGAGGCCAGCUUCUGGCCCAUAUUGUUUUAGUAAGGUAAAUUUAUUUUAGUUUUAUAUCUAGUUCCAGUUUUUUAAAUAAAGUUUUAAAAUUGGCACUUUGA